CAGCUCAAGAGAGGUUAUCAUCCGCCGAAAUUUGGAAGAUUCUUCGAAGCCGGCUCCGUCACUACUUACUUUUUGCGAAUAUCGGGUUGUUAAAAUUAAUCAUGAGGUCCCUCGUUUUGGCCUUUGUCUUUUCUGUGCUACUAGUUUACGUUAGUUGUAAAGAAGAAUUAGAUUUAACGGAUAGUGAUUUCUCAACUAGGAUACAGGAACAUGAGACUGUGCUUGUCAUGUUCUAUGCACCAUGGUGUGGACAUUGUAAGAAACUGAAACCGGAGUAUACCAAAGCGGCAUCUCUACUUGUUGGCAAUGACCCACCUAUCACUCUAGCGAAGGUGGACUGCACAGAAGCAGGAAAAGAGACUUGCAACAAGCAUUCAGUCAGUGGCUAUCCAACCCUCAAGAUCUUCCGUAAUGGAGAAAUGUGGAAAGAAUACAACGGACCAAGAGAAGCCCAUGGUAUUGUCAAGUACAUGAGAUCUCAGGUUGAGCCUGCUUCUAAGGAACUCACAUCUGUCGAGGAUCUGAAGGCUUUCAUCAGCAAGGACGAACAUGCUGUUAUUGGAUUCUUUGCCAAGGAAAGUGGUCUCAAGGGUGUCUUCCUCAAGUUGGCUGAUAAGUUAAAGGAGAAGUACCGAUUUGCUCACACGUCUAACUCGAAGGUGCUUGAGGAACAGAAGGCUAGUGACCAUAUCAUCAUUUUCCGUGCACCUCAUUUGAAGAACAAAUUUGAAGAACCCACUGUCACCUACAGCGGCAAAGACAAUGAUGCUGAAGUCAUGGCCUGGAUCUCAUCCAACUUGCAUGGACUAGUGGGACACAGAACUAGGGAGAAUCAAGAUGAAUUCAAAGCACCAUAUGUCAUUGCCUACUAUGCUGUAGACUACGUCAAGAAUCCCAAAGGAUCCAACUACUGGCGUAAUAGAAUCCUGAAAGUUGCCCAGAACUUCAAGGAUGACUUCACAUUUGCCAUCAGUGCCAAAGAUGACUUCCAACACGAAUUAAAUGAAUAUGGACUUGACUUUGUCCCUACGGACAAACCUGUCAUACUUGCUCGUUCUAAAGAUUCCAAAAAAUACAUCCUGAAAGAAGAAUUCUCAGUUGAAACAUUUGAAGAUUUCCUACAGAAGUUGAAGGAUGGCGAACUUGAACCUUACUUAAAAUCGGAACCAAUCCCUGAUGACAACAGUGGACCAGUCAUCACUGCUGUUGCCAAGAACUUUGAUGAUGUUGUCAUCAACAACGGCAAAGACACUUUAGUUGAAUUUUAUGCUCCCUGGUGCGGACAUUGCAAGAAGUUAGCUCCAGUCUUUGAUGAACUGGGAGAAAAGUUGAAAGAUGAAGAUGUAGCUAUUGUGAAGAUGGACGCCACUGCAAAUGAUGUACCUUCAACGUAUGAUGUCAGAGGUUUCCCAACCUUAUUCUGGCUCCCAAAAGACUCUAAAUCUAGUCCAGUCCGCUAUGAUGGUGGCCGAGAAGUUGACGAUUUUGUCAAGUACAUCGCUAAGCAUGCGACCAACGAGCUGAAAGGCUUCGACCGUAAAGGAACACCAAGGCAGCAAAAGAAGAAUUGUAAUUUCAACAGUACAUUCGAUUCAUUGUUCAGUGGGCGCUCCAUUCUGGGUCAAUUUCCAUGUAUUAGGACACGUGUCGCCAACAUUACCUCAAGUCCAAGAGAUGCACUACUCUCCUUCCCUCAUCAUUUUAGCUCUCUUUACAUUCCUGUUUGUUAUCAAGCAGAACUGGAUAGAUCCUCCUUCAAGGAACAUUUUCAAGAACAUAAUGAUAAAAUGUUAAUGUGUCAAAGAAUGUUCUAAGCUAGAGGUGAAAUUUUGUUUAUUUCUUUUCCGAAAUUGUUUCGCAAAUGCAGCCUGCAAGACCUGUAAAUAUUUAGUUUGUACUUUAAAAACCUGUUUCGAACAUUUUGAAAAUGAGGAACAGUACCAUGUUUCUUGACAUGUUGGAUGUGAUUAUUGUAUAAUAACAAAACCUAACAAAAUACAACACAAAGCUGGUAAAACUUAUAAGACCACAUGCGAGCAGCAAUUCGAUAAUUUGCAACAAUUAGUAGUACUUUCGUAAAGAAUAAGUGUAAAAUAAUUCAAGUGAUGAAAGACGUUCCGCUGUAUUCUAGCUCAGCAAAGUAAUAAUCUAAUGCCAAGGUUUUGGAAAGUUUCAUCAAAGUUAAACUUAUAAUUUUUUUAUCCAUAAACUUGGUUUUCACAAUCAUAAUAGGUCAUCAAUGCGACUUCUGAGUUGUUUACGAUCCGAAUUAAGAGGUGUCUCUAAGUUUUGAUCACCAUUAAUCACCAGCUGAGAAUCAAUCAAUAUUUAUUCGAUAUUCUGUUUGUGAUUUAUGUUGAUCAAAAAGUAGCAACGCCAUUUAAUUUUGAUAGCAACAUUCAACAAUUGCGUGUGACCCAUUUUGAUGGGCUCAUUUAGAUGGUGGAAACCAAGCCAGAAAGUUGAAGAUCUCUGAAGCGUAAGGCCUUUCAAAUAAGUGUAAAGGUCUCAGGCUUUAAUUAUACAACCAAUCAUCACCAUAAAAAGACCAAAGUGACUUCAAGGAGGGAAUCAGAACUGGAGAGAGAGAGUUUUAAUUGUACCCCAAAAAAAAAAAAAUAAUAAUGUGAAUUCACUCCUUACGCUGUACUACUUAGUUCUAGAGUAUAGAUGAUGUCUCUCCUGCAAUGUGAAGUUGAUCUCAUGUAUUCAACACCUUUCAAAUGCAUGAAAUUCUCACUUUUAAGAACAGUUUUUGGAAAUUUUUAACCACUUUUCAGAACAUGAUUCCAAUCACGAUUUUACGUACGUUCAGUUGAUAUUCAGCUUUAUGUGAAACGAUCUUUGUGAAAGAGUUAAGAUCCUAAACUUGCUUCCAAUACCUGAGCUAGGUUUGUAUUUAUAUUAGCGUUUAUUUUUUACUUGUUGAUUUGUUAUUUUGUAUAAUUUUACUCGUAAGUCUGUCAAACACUAAUUGUCUAUGACACUCUCUUUAAUAGGAACUAUUUCUCGCAAUAUUUUCGAGGCAUUGGUCGGAGAGGGGCACAAGUAAACUGGAAAUUAGAAUACAUGCCUGGCUUGUAAUCUUAGCGAUUUUGAUCUGAGAAAAUAUUUUAUUGCAAACCAGUAACUCUUGCUUCAAUGAUUAUUCAACUGCAUACUCCAUUAUCCUCACCACAUUUAAAGGCAUUGGUUGGUUAUUAUUCCAUGGAGUUUCUCUCAUUGAACACAAAAAUGUUGCAGAGAGAGAGAACUGAUAACAAGCUUAUUUUGGUCAAAGUCAUUGCGCAUAUCCAGUUUAGUAUCAGCAACUCUCCUACCAAUGGAUUCUCUCGACUGUUGAAGCUGUAAUAAGAUUUUUAAUUUAAAUAAAUGGUGAAGGUCACAAGUUUAAACUUUUAAAUUGUUUUUGAUGUAAGCUCUAUUGGUCAAGGAAGAUCACAGAAAGACAAGUUCCUUUUUAAUAACUGCUUUGUGAAGUAAAAAAUUCCCAAAUGCUUUAACUACCUACUUAUUUUAUGGCUUUUUUAAAAGUAUGUGCUGGAUGUUUUGUCGGUUGUAAUUUUUUUAUGUAAUUGCUUAGCUCUGAACCAUGCCAACCGUUUGGAUUGAGGUAAAUCAACUUGUGCAAUCAUGAUCUCAUUUCAGUUAGUGAUAAUUUCCGUCUAGAUGGACGGCUUUCAAAAAAUUUUAAUUUUAGUCCCCGUGAUAUCUUUUAAUUCUUACUACAGUUUCAACGAAAGAACUUAGUCUUUGUACCGUCUUAUCAAAUUUUCCUUCCUGUUCUAAAAUAUUUUGCCUGCAAAGGUGUGGUCAAUUCUUUCAAUGUGUUUAGCUGAUAUCUUCCAUUUAGGCUAUCACUUAUUUUUUUACUCUCCCUUAAACUUAGAACCCAAUUAUUACUCCUUUAUGCCCUCUUUGUAUUUUUUUUUCACUGCUAGUAAAUCUAUUGUAAAUGGGUCUUUGCGCUCUUCCUAAUAUUAUCAAAGAUUUUUCUGGAUAGUUGCAGAGACAGGGGAUGAAUAUGUAAAGCUAGGUCAUGUUAGCAGUUCAUGACAAUUUUUGCACUUGCAUCUGAUAUCUUGCUGUACAUUUCAUUAAGUUUCCCAAUCUCUUAUAAUCUUAUGAGGUAACACAAAAAAGACAAACCCUUGUACCAAAUUUGCAUUACAGAAAGUAUGCAAUUAUGAACAUGUUGCUUAUCUGUUUUGAAGGACAUUUUACUUAGGAUGAGCUUCUUAUUAGAAUUAGUAGUGAUUUCUGCCUUGUAGCAAAAUCUAUGGUUCAGAUUAUUCGAUCGGAGUAAUCAUAUCUAGGGUGUGAGAAUAUUCGCAACUGCUAUACACCCCAGUUCAAUACCACUACCGGAGCAGGUCUGAUUUUUUAUUUGCAUUUCAUUUUUUUACAUAUUUCCAUACUUACUGUAAAUAGAUACUUUUAUAUGUAAGGAAAAUGAAUUAAAUUUGUUAUUUUCAACUGAUA